AAAUAAAAAUCUUGAAUUUCCCCUUGUAGCAUGUUGUAAGGAGAAACUUGUAUGGCUGUCAUACAACUUGGGGCCAAAAGUUGUAUACGAAUAGGGUUAACCUCAAAUCCAAACAGAUCAAAAUUCUUUUAAACAGAGACCCAAUUACAACUCGACACUAUCAGGACCUGUUUGCCAGUCUGUGAGAGAUUAUAGUGUUCCGGCGUCCAGAUAAUGGUGGCACACGUGGGACUUAUAUCUCUCAGCGCUUCUUUACCGUCUAUGCCUUGUCUUCCUCGAAUCGGCUUCACCAAACGCAGACCAUUUCCCAUGGCAGCAUUGAGUGAUGAUCCUGUUCAAGAAUGGAUUCUCACCGAAGGAAAAGCCACCCAAAUUACAGGUAUUCGUCCCGUAGGUGGUGGUUGCAUCAAUCUUGCGAAUCGCUACGACACUGAUGCUGGUUCCUUCUUUGUUAAAACAAAUCGGAGUAUCGGUCCAUCAAUGUUCGAGGCAGAAGCUAUCGGUUUAGACGCCAUGUAUGAAACUCGAACAAUUCGUGUGCCUAAGCCCUUUAAGGUUGGACCCUUACGAAAUGGUGGAUCAUACAUCAUUAUGGAAUAUAUUGAAUUCGGUUCUUCUCGAAGCAAUCAAUCUGUGCUGGGAAGGAAGCUAGCUGAAAUGCAUAAAGCUGGGAAAUCAGAUAAAGGCUUUGGUUUUCCUGUUAAUAAUACUGUCGGCAGUACUCCACAGAUAAAUACUUGGUGCUCUGAUUGGAUUCAGUUUUAUGGAGAGCAUAGAUUAGGUUACCAGAUCAAGUUAGCACAGGACCAGUACGGUGAUUCGACCAUUUACCAAAGAGGACAAAGGUUGAUAAAGAACAUGGCGCCUCUUUUUGAAGACAUUGUUAUAGAGCCAUGCUUGUUACAUGGAGACUUAUGGAGUGGGAAUAUCACUUCUGACAAGAAUGGCGAGCCGGUUAUACUUGAUCCUGCUUGUUACUAUGGACACAAUGAAGCUGAAUUUGGAAUGUCAUGGUGCGCUGGCUUUGGAGGAUCUUUCUAUACUUCUUACUUUGAGGUGAUGCCUAAACAGCCAGGCUUUGAAAAGAGGAGAGAUCUUUAUCUGUUGUACCAUUACCUAAAUCACUACAAUCUAUUCGGCUCUGGUUACCGCUCAUCUGCUAUUUCAAUUAUAGAUGACUAUCUUAGAAUGCUCAAUGCAUAGACACAUCGCGACUGAAAAGUGCUUGUACAAAUCUGUAUGUAGUAACUUUUGUGUGAGAAAGAUCAUUACUAUUCAUUUA